UAGCGAUGACCGAGACAGAAGGCGGACCCGCCGGGGACACGGCCUACGCCACCUACCCCACCUGGCUGCGAUUCCACAUCGGCAUCAACCGCUAUGAGCUCUACCCCCGCCAUGACACGCUGGGCCCCGUCCUCCUGCAGGAGUUGGCCACGCACAAGAUCGUCGGCGCAGUCCAGAAGUCCGGGGGGACCCAGCUGAAGCUCAUCAUGACCUUCCCGAACUACGGGCAAGCGCUCUUCAAGCCUAUGAAGCAGACCCGAGACCAGGAGACCCCGGCAGAUUUCUUCUACUUCUCUGACUUUGAGCGACACAAUUCGGAAAUCGCAGCUUUUCACCUGGACAGGAUCCUGGACUUCCGCAGAAUCCCCCCUGCAGCCGGCCGCAUAGUGAACCUCACCAAGGAGGUCCGGGACAUCACCACUGACAGGAAGCUGCGGAAAACCUUCUUCAUCUCCCCAGCGGGCAACGUGUGCUUCUUUGGCGUGUGCUCCUACUACUGCUCCACGGAGCACGCCCUGUGCGGGAAGCCCGACCUGCUGGAGGGCUCCCUGGCCACCUUCCUGCCCGACCCCGCUCUGGCCAAACGUCACAGUUGGCGCAGCCCCUGGAGACGUUCCUACAGCAAGAGCAAGAAAGCGGCGUGGGAAGGGAACCCAGAUUACUGUGCCCGUGUGAGGCAAACGCCGCCCUAUGACAAGGGUUCCCGCCUGCUCAACCUCAUCGACAUGACCAUCCUGGACUUCCUCAUGGGGAACCUGGACCGACAUCACUAUGAAACCUUUGAGAAGUUUGGCAACGAGACCUUCCUGCUCCACCUGGACAAUGGGCGGGGGUUUGGCCGUCACUCUCACGAUGAGUUUUCCAUCCUGGCUCCCCUGGAACAGUGCUGCAGGAUCAAGAAGUCGACCUUUGUGCGCCUCCAGCUUCUGGCCACGGAGCCCUACCGCCUCAGCGACGUCAUGCGUGAGUCCCUGGCCUCCGACCGGCUGAGCCCACUGCUGACCGAGCCCCACCUGGCCGCCCUGGACCGACGGCUGCGGGCCGUGCUGGCCCUGGUGGAGCGCUGCGUGGCCCGGGCCGGGCCGGACGAGGUGCUGGCCGACGACCCCAGCGGGCCGAGCUGAGGACUCCCCCAUGGCCUCCCCUCCCACUGCCUCUGUCCCCAAUAAGCCCUUGGCUCCAGGGCCCCUGGUGGGAUGGGCGCAGGAGGAGGGACACAUGAGGAGCUGCUACAUCUCCUCCUUCAUGAGCAUCAAGGAAGCCUGCCUAUGAGACUUUCUGGUGGUGAUGAUAAUGAUGAGGAUGAUGAUGAUGAUACGGUAUUUGUUAAAUUUUUACCACGUGUCAAGCAGCGUG